AUGGCCUACAACCGUCAAAACUAUACAGAAAAAGAAUUCCAAUUUUUCGGACUUCUGGAUAGAAUCAUCUUGCGUAACAAAAGUGUAAGCACCGAUCCAGAAGUCGACCUGGCAGCCAGGGUGCCCAGCCCCUGCAGGCAGCAGACGUUCCAGGACCCCUGUUAUGGUUCGGCUGCUUCACAAAACGGGCAAAGACAGAUUUCUGAGGACUCCACUACCGAUGCUAUCCAUCCACAAGGCGCCGUGUUGGACGCCAACAACACAGCACCAAAGGUUCUAUCGCUGGCCAGAGUCCAACACGCCAUGCAGCAGCCCAGAAGAUCGUCUGGUGUACGGCUCUGCCGCCGACCUGAUGGCGAUGGCAUCGACGAGAAGCGUGGCAAUGCCAAUGAUCGGGCGGACAUGUAUCUCAUGGGCAAGAAGCAGGAGAUGAAAGGCUCCGACAACUGGCGGGCAAUACCACUGGGUUUCCGAAUUCGCGCCGCCUCAAUACCAAAAGUUCACCAGUUACUUGAUGGGAUGGAUCCGUGGCAUGGCACGCUGCUCACUAUUGCUGUCGCCGCAUUUUCGGUCCUCUUCAACACGGUCCUGGCUAGAAAGCUACCCCUCAUCAAAGCUCUUGUGCUCAUUAUCCGUAUCUUUGGCUUCUUCGGAAUCCUCGUAACGCUCUGGGUCCUGUCUCCUCGGGCUGAGCCCAAAGCCGUCUUCACCGAAUUCUUCGACGGUGGGGGCUGGGGAAGUCUAGGUGGCUCUGCUCUCGUCGGCAUCACCGCUGGUAUCUUGCCUCUGCUUGGUGCCGAUGCCGCCGUUCACAUGUCGGAGGAGGUGCGCAACGCCGGGCGGACGCUGCCCCGAUCCAUGAUCAUAACCACCGUGAUCAACGGUGGGCUAGAAUGGUUUAUGAUGAUCACCUACUGCUUCUGCAUUGGCGACCUUUUUGAGGUCUUCGAAACACCGACUGGGUACCCCUUCAUGCAGGUUUUUCUCAACUCGACACAGUCAGCAAGCAGCGCCACGGCUAUGGCCGUCUUUGUCGUCGCUAUGGCCAUAUUCUCCAAUCUCACCAUGGUGGCCAUUGCCUCGCGCCAGCUGUUUGCUUUUGCGCGUGAUAACGCCGUACCCCUGAGCCCUUGGUUCGCUAAAGUUCCCGCCGGCUGGGAUGUUCCCCUCAACGCCAUUUUUACGACUUUCCUCAUUUCCAGUCUUCUCUCGCUCAUCAACAUUGGGUCUGCCGUCGCCCUGAAUUCAAUUACAUCCUUGGCGACAACUUCUCUUCUGUCUAGCUAUAUCUGCUCCAUCGGCUGCAUGAUUUGGAGGCGCUGGACCAAUAGUCCUCUACUUCCCUCAAAGUUCAGGCUCGGUCGAUGGGGUCUAACCAUCAACGUUGCCUCAGUUGUGUUUCUCGUUGCCAUCUUCGUCCUGGCUUUUAUGCCGCCAACGCCAAAACCCACUCUCGACUUGAUGAAUUGGAAUAUUCUCAUUUACAGUGUCAUCGCCUUGUUCUCUCUGGCCUAUUAUCUCGUGCGCGGCACGCAUCAGUACGAAGGUCCUGUUGCUUAUGUUAGGACUCUAGCACAGUAG